GAACAGCACACCGACUCCGAGGCCGCCAUGACGACAGCCGACCCCCCCAGCCACACGGCCGACAACGAGGACACGGACGCCCUGGUCUCCGACGAAGUCUUCAACCAGCCGGUCAACUCUGUCAUGACGCCGCCCGACGCCUUAACCGGGCAGCGGGCCAAUGGAGGCACGGCAGCGGACGCCAACGAUCUGGUGCCGGAGUUCAUCGACUCGACGGACGACUCUGAUGGUGAGUAUUUGUGUGCGGGCCGUGACCACCUGGAAAAGAUGUACCUGGACGAAGUGUUCAACAUCAACAUAGACACGGUGUUCCAGUGUCUCUUCACAGACUCACCCUUCUUUCGCAACUUUGUCGGCUCACGGAAAACUUUUGAUUUGAACCUGCCCCCGUGGGAGGAGGAGCCGGACGAGAACGGCCACAAAGUGCGCAAUAUUUCCUACACCCUGACCUUGAACAACUCCAUAGGGCCGAAGACGUCUCCGUCCAACGAGAAGCAGAUCUGCUACUCCAUCAGUCGCCCCGGUCGUAUCUUCCACGUGGACUGCGAGUGUUGUAAUGGCGGCAUCCCGUACGCAGACUCCUUCUACGUGCUGCUGCGCUACUGCCUGACACGCGUGUCGCCCACAAAGUGUCGCAUCGUGGUCACGGGCGAGCUCAAGUACAGGAAGCACGUCAUUAGCAUGUUCCGUGCUUUCCACCAAGAAAGCAAGCUGAUUGAGCUCAAUGCGGACACCCUUGUACGGAUUAUUGUUGUGGUUUUGGUGUUCCUGCUGCUGUUCAACGCAGUGCUGUUUUAUAAACUCUGGUCGCUGGAGAGCUACGCCAGCUCACUGUACGGAGUCCCCACGCAGGAAUCUCUGGAGAACUUGGCAGAGCUUGCUGU